GCACGCGUCGACCGCGAGACAACCGAGUCGUAGUCGUACAUCGUACCCGUUGCAGCCACACACCAUAAAAACGCGACCGUUUCCGGCUUUUGCGCGCCCGACACGCACCGCGAAACGGACAUUUGGACGUGUUUUGAGUUUUUCCCAAGACCCUCGCCCCGCGCAUUCGAGACCGGAGCCUUCACUGGAGUGAGUCUUUCGUCCAGACCGUCCGCGUCGUUUCCGACCGAUCCACGUCGUACCAGCCUGUUGCUGCCUGCGCGGACCGUGGACCAUAACAAUAUCACACUAUUAUUAUUGCUUUUCAGACACGUCAUAAUACGUACAGUAAUAUUUGUCGUCGUCGUCGUCGUCGUCGUUUCCCGAUCGUUAUAUACUUCAUCGUAACAUAUUAUACUAUCCUGCGCAUUCUAGAUAUCAUAAUAUCAUAUAAUAUUUAAUCGUAUAACGUGUACGUGAAGAUCAUUCGCGGUGCAAUAAUGCUUUUGUUUCUGUUGCCGGUGACGUUGACGUUGGCCGCGUUGGUCACCGACGGGGUGGCCGACGCGGCCGCCGUGGACAAGCGGUUCGCCCUGCGGCCCGUGGACCCGUUGACCAGGCGCAGCGCCAUGGACAAGAACUUUAUGCGGUUCGGGCGGGCCUUCGACUGCAGUUGGACGGCACCGUUGCAGGCAUCGGCGGCGGCGGUGGACAAGCGCCUCGACCCGUCGUCGGCGGUCGGCCGGCGCGUCGACUCCAACUUCAUCAGGUUCGGCCGCCGGGACUCCAACUUCAUCCGGUUCGGCCGGGGCGAAGUGUACACGCCCGGCGACAACAAAAUACCCAGACGCCACUACGACGUAGACGUGGACGGGCUGGAAGUCCGGUUCGGCCGGUCCGGCGGCGGCGGGAGCAUCGACCGCAGUCCGUUCGGCGGCGCAGCGCUACCACCGCCGCCGCCGCCGUCUUACGACGACCGCCGCUGAACGUCAUCACAUCAUAAUAAUUAUAUUACUACUAUUUAAUACACAAUACAUAAUAUAAUAAUAUA